AUGGAAUUCGAAGCACCAGGUGACGAACAUGGCCGUACUCGCUUGGUAAUUGACGAAGAAACACUGGAAAUUUUAAAGUAUUUCUUCCUUCAUAAGAGCAUGGAUUCGUCGAAAAAGGAAAAGUUGCCCUUGAUUAAAGAAUGUGCAAAUGGUGCGAAGCUAUCAGAACAUCAAGUUAAGGUAUUAUAUAAUAUUAUGUAUUAUGUAUAAUUAUUUUCUAUGCGAGUUCAUAUUUUAAAAUGAAUAUUUAUAUCAUUUGACCUUUGAUGUCUCCAAUGCAACAGUGAACAUGCAACAGGUAAAAACAAGGAGAAUGGUGCCUCCAUCAUAAUGAUGAGAAUAAAUAGGGAGUCUUCUCUCCCCUCUACAAAGGCUUCAAAUUAACAUGAAAUGGGAGAAUAUUAAUAUAAUUUGAGAUCAAUAAUGGGAGAAUAUUUGUAGAAUUGGUAUUAAGCCGGUUACAGACGAGCAAGUUUUCUGGCAUCAAGGAUUUUUAAGAAUGGUUUAAUAGUAUGAAUCUGAGGGUCAAAUCAAUAACAAUACAUGAGAAUAAUUUAUUGUAUUAAAAAUCAAUAUAACAACACAUGAAUACCAAAACAUCUAAUAUAAUAAUUAAUAGACAUACAUUUUAUUAAAAUGUAUGUCUAUUAAUUAUUAUAUAUAUAAAUGUAUGUGUUUUUACUGUUUUAUAUUAGAUGUUUUGGUAUUCAUGUGUCGUUAUUGAUUUUAUUGAUUUUAAUUCUUUUCCAGCAUUGGAUAAAUAACUACAAGUCCAAAAUAAGUGGACGCAUAUCAGCAAGGAAAGCAAAAAGUAAGCUUAUCAGAAAAAGGUCUGGGUUUAACAUGUUUGCCAGCGAGAGUCUCCUUAAAGGUACUGUACAUACAUAG